CUAUUUCUUUGCUUUAUAUCGGCGCUGAUACUAAACAGGUUCUGGACGGAAGUAUUUAAUAAUGUUGCGUUUAUUAGCAUUGUUGGCUUUGGCCACGUUUGUCUACUGUGACUUUGAUCAGAAAUUACACAAUAAGUACUUGUCGAUGGGUGAGGAUGAGUUUGUGGAAUAUUUCAACAGUCGUGACUACUCCUAUACCAUCAAGAAUUACGACUUUCGACCAGCAGUCAGCAUGGUGAACUACUCCAUCCCAGAAAGUGUCCCCGUGAUCAGUUACAAUGACAGUUUACUUGCUGACUUGCCUGACAACUUUGACUCCAGAAAGAAGUGGCCACACUGUGUUACCAUCGGAGAAAUUUACAACCAGGGCAACUGUGGUUCUUGUUGGGCAUUCGGCACCGCCAACACUGCUUCAGAUCGCAUUUGUACUCAAAACAACAGAACUGUUCGCCUUUCUGUACAGGAUUUUAACUGCUUCGACGAUUAUGUUUGUGGCGGAAACGAGCCCUUUCAAGCAUUCCAAUAUUAUCUCAAUCCAGGUCUCGUCACUCAAGAGUGCAAACCGUACGACGUUGAAUAUCUCAAAAAAUUCAAAUGUGAUAAGAAAUGUGUCAAUGGUGAUGUGUAUGAUAUAGACAAACGUCGUGGUGAUUUGUAUUGGCGAGUAGACAGUCAAGAGGAGUCUAUUAAAACUGAAUUAUUUAAUAACGGACCAAUAGAAGUAAGUUUUAGGGUAUAUGAAGACUUUAUGAAAUAUAGUGGUGGGAUUUAUGAGCAUAAAUAUGGGCAUGCAGCGGGCGGACAUAGUGUUAGAAUGAUAGGAUAUGGCGUGGAGAACGGGGUUCCAUAUUGGUUAGUAGCAAAUAGCUGGGGUACAAAUUGGGGCGAGCAAGGUUUUUUUAGGGUAAAACGGUACGACAAAGACCUUCAAUUUGAACUACAAUUAUUAACCGUACUCUAAACUAAACCUUAUUCAUCAUCAACAUUCCCUAGCAUUAUCCCGUUUUUCACAAGGUCCGCUUAACUGACCUGAAGAUUUGACAGGUUUAGUUUUUAACAAAAGCCACUGUCUGUCUGACCUUCCAACCCGCAAAGGAAAAACCAGCCCAAUACAGGUUAGGUCACAUACCUCUGAAAAUGUAUUUCUCGGAAAUGUGGGUUUCCUCACGAUGUUUUUCUUCACCGCUGAGCACGUGAUAAUCAAUUCAACAAUCAUUGGUUUAGGCCAUUCUCCAUUCUUGUCAAGCAAAGGCCAAUUCUUUGUAUAAAACACGACGUUCAAUUGUUCUUUUUUGUCUACCCCUCUCUUUCUCUCUAUUUUAUUUAAACUUUAUAAUAGUCUUUUAAAUUCUUACUAGCCUUAUCUGUCCUACUGCUAGCACAAUGACACUCUGUCGUCUUUCUACUCUCCAUGAUUUUCAACGAAUUGCCGAAUUAAAAUAAUACAAUGUUCAUUAACAAAAUAAAAUAAUAUAAUAUGUUUUAUGCAUUUGUUGCUUUGAAUUUGUCAUUAAAAUUUCAUAACUAAAUAAACUAUGCUGUACAGGAACUA